GCCGAGUCUGGUUAUGGUUCAGAAACCAGUCUCAGGCGUCAUGGUUCCAUGUUGUCUCUCACCUCAGCAGCCAGUGCCUUGUCUGCUACAUCCACAUCCUCCUUCAAGAAGGGGCACAGGUUGCGUGAGAAGCUAGCAGAAAUGGAGACCUUCCGGGACAUUCUGUGCAGACAAGUGGACACACUGCAGAAAUACUUUGACUCCUGUGCUGAUGCUGUCUCCAAAGAUGAAUUUCAGAGAGACGGAGUAGAGGAGUACGAAGAUGACUUUCUAACCACAGCAAGACCCGACGGUGAAUAUAAUCACAACAACAAUGGCAGCAAAGAGAAAUUGUUUCCACCUGCCAGUCCCAAAGGUAUGAACGGGAUAGACUUCAAGGGUGAGGCCAUCACCUUUAAGGCCACCACAGCAGGCAUCCUGUCUACCUUGUCCCACUGCAUCGAACUGAUGGUCAAACGAGAGGACAGCUGGCAGAAGAGACUGGAUAAGGAGCUAGAGAAGAGGAGGAGGAUUGAAGAUGCCUACAAGUCUGCUAUAAGUGAACUGAAGAAAAAGUCACACUACGGAGGGCCAGACUACGAGGAGGGGCCCAACAGUCUGAUCAAUGAGGACGAGUUCUUUGAUGCAGUGGAAGCUGCACUGGACAGACAGGACAAGAUAGAGGAGCAGUGCCAGUCAGAGAAGGUCAGGAUACCUCGACUUACUCUGGUUCCUCCUGGAGACGCCUACUCCAUCAUCGGUACACACCGAUUUGCCACCAAGCCCCAUAGCCAUUCUUCUUCCCUGUCCUCGGUUGAGCUAGUCAGUGCUUCAGAUGACAUUCACAGAUUCAGCAUUCAGGUGGAGGAGAUGGUGCAGAAUCAUAUGACUUACUCUCUUCAGGAUGUGGGCGGAGAUGCCAACUGGCAGCUGGUAAUAGAAGAAGGAGAGAUGAAGGUGUACAGGAGAGAAGUAGAGGAGAAUGGUAUUGUGCUGGAUCCUCUGAAAGCUACACAUUCUGUGAAAGGGGUGACAGGACACGAGGUCUGCCACUACUUCUGGGAUACAGCUGUCCGAUUGGACUGGGAGACCACCAUUGAAAAUUUCAACGUUGUGGAAACACUGUCUGAUAAUGCCGUCAUUGUUUACCAGACGCACAAGAGAGUGUGGCCUGCCUCUCAAAGGGACGUGCUCUAUCUGUCAGCCAUCAGGAAGAUCUUGGCAACAAACGAAAAUGACCCUGACACAUGGCUGGUCUGCAACUUCUCUGUGGACCAUGACAAUGCCCUUCCCACAAACAGGUGUGUUCGUGCCAAAAUCAACGUCGCUAUGAUCUGCCAAACACUGGUCAGCCCACCAGAGGGUGAUAAAGAGAUCAGCAGAGACAACAUCCUUUGCAAGAUCACCUACGUUGCCAAUGUAAACCCAGGAGGAUGGGCUCCAGCCUCAGUCCUCAGGGCCGUCGCCAAGAGAGAGUAUCCCAAGUUCCUCAAACGCUUCACCUCCUAUGUCCAGGAGAAGACAUCUGGGAAGCCCAUCCUCUUCUGAACACAAAGAGGCUUGCGGAGGGCCGAGGUUGACCUCUGAAAGACUACAUUGUUCCAUGUUUAACAACCCCUCGACGACUACAUGACCCAUUUGCCUGUCAACUAGAAUGUGUUUUCAAACUUACUACAUGCUGGACACCAUAUCAUCCAGGAUGUCCCACAGGACACCUGCUUGUAGAAGAGACUGGUUUUACUGCUUUAAUCCGUCAGUAGUUGUCAUCCCAGCCACAUUAUAAUGGCAUGAAAUCAUCUGUUGGUCAUUUGUAUGUAAAUUCAAGAGUUUCGUAAGUGUUUUUUGAAUUGUUGUCACCAAUUAUUUGCUUUUUUUGUAAAUUGUUUUGUACAUUUCUUAUGAUUCCAUACUUGACUUUUUUGGGUUUGCUUUAAUCACUAGUAUUACAGCUACUUGUUAUGCUGCUGCUAAAUUAACUACCAUGGGAGAGGAAAGUAGACAUUGACAGGAAAAGCACUGACGAGGUGUGGUACAGUAUCUCCUCUUUCUUGCCUUCUCCUGUCCCUCUAGUGAUGACUCUGCAGUUUGAUGGGGGGUCAGAGCCUAAGUUUUGAAAUCUUUAUAUUUCUAGAUUGUUAAUAAAGUAGCUUUCGGAGAGCACCAUGGACACAGUGUAUUGUACAGAGAAACCAAUGUGAGAAAUGUGAAUUGACUGUUAUAACGCUUGAAUUUGAUUGCCGAAAUGGGCCAAGGAAACCUGCAGUGGGAGAUGAAGAGCAUUUAACUAAUUGUCUUAUGUUGGACAAUAUUUUUGACACAGUUGAAGUCAUAAUCAAUAAUUGGAUUUCUAUGAUGUAGUUGACUUUGGUCUGUUGAUGCUAAGUCUCGGUCUAUUGGCUGUGUAUAUCUGUCUUUAACCUCUGUGUAAGACAGUUUCUGACAGAUCUUUGCAAAUGGCCAGCCAUAGUGUCUGACAUAAAGAAUCCUCUCUUUCAGUGAGAGAUGAGUGGAUACAUUUUGUACACGCUUGGUUGUUUUUCACCAUUUUCAGCCCCUAAUGAGGCAGCAUCACAAGUGUCAGGUUUGUAAAUUAGUCCUGCUGCUAUUGUGCAGGUACAAUUGUAAAAUGUUUAGUAAGAUAUCAUUUCCACCCUAUGCUCUGUCAUACUCUAACAUUACAUUUCAUAUGCCACACUACAUACUGCCCUUUUGACUGAUUAACUACCCCCAGAAUGCCUUAGACACCAGGACGAACUCUAAAAAUCCCGGUUAUCUCUAUUGUACAGCCACCAGAUGUGCAUUUAUCAACCCUGAAAUGAAGUGGGCGGGCUGGGGAGUGUCAGCAUUUCACAUCACCUUACCUCAAGAUUUAAAUUUACUCUAGAUUGUGUUUAACACCAUCAAAAGUUGGGAGUUUGUGUCUGUGAUGGUGAAAAAUUCACCAUCAGAUUUUUGGUCUAAGGGGGUCCGAGGAUAGGAAGGAUCUGGAUUAUUGUUUUGCUGAUGAUUACAAGAGCUAGAUCUACAAGCAAUGUCAGCUGAAUAAUUCAUUUAGUGUUUUUAAUUUUGAUAUUUUGACAGUAAUCUACACACUUUGUAUAUUUCUAAGUUGUACAUCAGAAGUGUUAUUAUUUGCACUAAAUGUAAUGCAAUUUGACAAUGUUAUGUAAAUUAAAAUUGUUACACAACAGAAACAAA